AUGGGCAAUAAUCCACCAUGGCUGGACAAUCUCUCCGACGACUGGGUGCCUAUGCCAGGAACACCCGACAGCCCGGUUCCUCGUCACUCCAUCUCCCACUCUCGCCAGUCCAGUCUACACAGCUUAAACAGUCUCGCCAGCCUGCAGAGCUCCCCCAGUCGCAUUCCUGUCCCCGCGCGCCGCGCCGUCGAAUCCCCCAUCGAUAGAUCGAAAAAGGUCUCGCGCCCCUGCCACUUUGUCAAGAGGGAACCCCCAACACCCAAGACUCCCCGGACUCCCAAAACUCCUUCCAAGUUGAGGUCGCCGGUCCCCGAGAAGACGAGGAGGACUCCCAGAUCUGCACCAACGCCGGUGAAACCAACACCAGCAAAAUCACGACCUACAAAACCAACUCAAGCCAGAUCAACAACCCCAGCAAGAUCGACAACCCCAGUGAAGCCAAGAUCAACAACGCCAGCAAAAUCAACAACCCCCGCAAAACCACCGCCAGCCAAAUCGACACCAGCCAAACCAAGUCCGACUGCUGGAAGCAAACCACAACCAAAACAAAAACAGCCGGCGAUGGAUACAAGAUCGCCUCUGCGGUCUGUGUCAAAUGUAUCCAGUCAGUCAGGUCAGCAGAGCACGGUACAGAUCAGGCCAAAGAAAAGCCAAGGUCCAGAGACGACUCCGGAAUGGCGCAAACGACUCAUAAAUGGCGAUAUAUCGACUGGUGAGCAGCGCGAUCUUUUUGCUCCCAUUGGACUGGAGAGCGUCUUUAAGCCUCCUACGCCAGGGUCGCAGCCUCAGCAGGAAACAAUCCCGACAAUGAAACAAGCAAAUGAGUUUUGGGAUUUUAAUGACUACAGCCCCGAGAAAGACACAAGAUCAGGGAACCCUUUUACAGAAACCGGUGAUGGAGAUACCACAAAGCCAGGAGACCAGGACAAAGAAAGAUUGGAAAGCAGCCCCGCGCAGUCACCGAAAGGAACCUUAAACAUAAAGAAAGGCCUAGCGAAUUCUUUCAUGGACACGGCUCAUAACACUGAGGGGGUGUCCCAAAACGAUACGAAUUUAAGAACUGUCAGUGGCAUGGAAGAUCUUCGUAACGAAGAUAUCACUCCGAUUACCUUCUCACGCACCAAUACGGUAGAUGGAAAGGCUACAUCGGAAGCCAUAAAAUCAGCCUUGAAACAGGUGACAAACAAACUUGAAAGUUUCUCUUCAGCACCGGGAGAGCGACCUGACUCGAGCGCGAGCGACAGUGUCUUACUCCACCCUCAACCCGACCCCCAUGGGGAAACGCUAGCGGAAGAGGAACUGCUAGAGAUGACCAGCCAUUCUCUCCCUCAGGACCUCUCCAUGGGCACGUUAGCGUUUCCCAAUUUCCGCCGUGGCCAAUAUUUAAGUGAAGGUUCCUUCCUUAAAAAACAACUCACUCCUGCAUCUUUCCCCUCUCACCGUCUUUCCCCAGCCACUCUUGCCAACUCGAGAAUCCGCAGUUCUCCUCCCUUCUAUCACAAGACACACCCAAUGACCGAGCCACCUACACUACCCAGACCGUCAUCAGCCCACGUCGGAGCAUCCGCAGCUGAAGGCGCUGGGGAUGCCAGGGCUGCUGGUAUGCCGUCGUCUGGGAGUCCACUGAAACUAUUCGGUGACCACGACACCUUCACAAACAACAGGCUCCUUCGACGGAUGAGUCAAUUUGAGGAGACAUUUGGAGAUUUAUCCGAGGAAGACGAGCCGGUCUCACCGUCCGAGGAAGCUCGACGAAAGGGGGAGAGCAGAAGUUUUCUGAGCGUGAGGCAUGACGGGCCAGGGGAACAGACCCUCAAUAGGCACGAGCGCCCGAGAUCUCGAAAUGCCGCGACCCCGCGAAUCAACCGAUUUGGCGAUGGCGAGUUGGAUCACUUCGACUUCUCCGACACAAGCCCAUAUGAACCGAAAUUGCUGAACAAGGAUAUUUCCGACCAUGAAUUCCGUCGAUCCUCGCGGCGGAGGACUUCCGUUGACCGGCGGCAGCUUGGACGUAGCUCUUACCUAGAUCAUAAUCGUGAGUCUAGAAUGAGUAGAAGGCCCGAGUCUGCGCAUCGCCCUGAUUCAUCUUCUCGUGCAAGUGUAAUAAGAAACCAAGAGCUUUCCCGGAAUGAUCACCUGAGGUACUCCGAAGCGAACCGCAUAUCGAACAGUCAAGUCAAGGAUCCAACACCGAAGAGACGCAGAACAAUAUUGACCUCUGAUAGUUCAGACCAAGAGGAUGACGAUAUUAGUGACUUGCCUGCUCAACCAACCGAGAACAUUUCGUUACUUCAAAGAAACUUGAUGCAACAUGGCACAAAAUACGAAGAUGACCAGCGUCUCGCUCAAUCCCAAACCCAAUCGCACUCCUCACGGCGGCCGAGAACCCCAACAUCAAGCCAAUUGAGAUCAUCUGCAACGAAAAGACCUUUAUCGCAGAGAACACAGUCACGUCAGGAUUCGAACGAACGCACAGGGGAAGAAUCUGCCCCAACAACAAAAGUUCCCAAAGUGAAGGUAACUGGUGCCAAUGAUGAGAUUCGAAAAGGAUCCAUCACUACUCAGGACUUUUUGAAUGAAGCGACAAAAAUCAUGAACAUCAUUCGAUCAAAUGGCAGAACCAACGGUGGCUUGUCCAGUGUUGAGGAGUCCGAAAUGGAGGGCGAAAAUGGUGCAGAAAGCUACGAGGACGAGUCAACCCGAGAAGAAUUUUCGCGCCCUCCAAGCCGUGAUGGUGUCGAUAUGCGUAAAUUGAGACAACCAAAGGAGCCAAACCAGCGCGUCCUGAGUCAUUUGAAAAAGUUUCAAGAAAAUGAUGACCAGGAGUUCGGAGUCAAUACCGAUGUCACGUCGCUUCAUUUUGAUGACGACGAAAACAUCAGCCAAACGCCCAAGCCCCCUACCCUAGACAAUGACCAGACAUUUGAUCAGAGAAUGGAGGACGACCGAGUAGAGAGCAGUCCCAAAAAUGUGCGAAUCAGUGGGCAUUUCAUGGAUCAACGAGGCGACUCGGCUGGCGAGAAAGACGAUGACCUGCAGGACCUUAUGACCAUGAGUACACAAGUGUCUGGUAAAAGUUUCAGUGCGCGUUCUAUACCCACCGGAUCUUCCCAGAGCUCACACGCCAAGGGCGUUCUGUCAUCAGAUUUGGUUUCACACUUGAUUCCGGAACAGGUGAAUGGUUUCACUUAUGACCGUUUCAAACAUCUGUGGGUCAAGGAAAAAGCCAAGCGAUCUCCCGAGAAACCUAAAACCGACGAAAGCGAGGACGACCCAUUCCAGGAUAUCCCAGACCUCAGCGUCGACGAAUUGCAGGAGAUGAUGAGAACACAGUCUUUGGGCUCUCCUGAAAAGACAAACCAUUCAAUUAUGGUAGAGGAAGAGAAUGGCGUUACGAGUCCACUUAGUAGAAAGUCGACCUCAAAGAGCGAUCCCCGACCACGAACAAGAGAUGGGGAACCCUCAGUCAAUGCCAGCUCUGUCCAAUCCAAGGUCACACGCUUUACCUCUAGUGUUCCCAAUUCGGGAACAAGAGCAACAUCAUGGGGUACAGAUGAUGCGAAACGCAGGGAAUCUUCUAGUGAGGUUGAGCACGAAAUCCAACUGCACGAGGGCCGUCUGUCGAAACCUCCUCGAUCCCAGAAGGACCUCAAUCACCAAGCCCGGGUUGUGACCAUAAGUUUUUCUUCUCCUCUCGUAUCGCAUGUUGCGUAUAGCGAUGAUACCAGUCCUACGAAACAUGCGCGAGGAGACAGAAUCGCAGCACCCGACCAUGCCACCCGGUCGGGGGCUGAGGGCCCGUCCGAUCGCCCGCAACCCAGCAGAUCUUCUUUGCUUCCACCGCGCCAGACGUCGCUUGAUGGGCAACCGUUUAUACGACGACCAAUCUCCAGGAUAGAUGAGAGCAACGAAGACACAGCCGAGGACCUGAGCAUAAUUCGCCGGGAGAAUGCUGGCCCUGUUCAGUCAACGCCGGCCAAAACAGGCGCUGAAAACUCCUUGGUUUGGCUCCGAAGUGCCGGACGAGACACGAGCUAUAGCUUUCAUCUUAGUCCUCUACCAGAUUUCACUGUUGAUCAGAUUGAUCAGUCCUUGCAGCUUGAAGUCAGUUAUGUGGCUCAGCGCACUCACCCUACAUCCCUCCGUCAAGUCCAUGGAACAUUUGCUCUUGCAACCGAAGAGUUGAUCAAACAUCUCACCGAAGCAGAACCCUUUGAGCCCUACUGGGAGCAUGUUCGGCGCUUGAUCCUGCGGGACAAAGGACUUAUCACGCUUCACAAGCUGAGCGACUUCUGCCCCCGUCUAGAAGACUUGGAUGUCUCCGAUAACGACAUUGGCCAACUGAGUGGUAUUCCUGCUAGUCUCAGAACACUGAGAAUACAACGCAAUUGCCUAUCGAAUCUAACAGCAUGGAGCCACCUGACUAAUCUCCAAUACUUGGAUGUGUCCGGAAAUGAGUUGGAAAGCUUGGAUGGCUUCGGUAGCCUGAUUCACCUCAGAGAGCUCAAAGCAAACAACAACAACAUCCACAACAUCGAUGGGAUACUUGAUUUGAAUGGUCUCCUGAGUUUAAAAUUGAGUAACAAUCUCUUGACUGACGUCGACUUUGAGGGCGCAGAGCUUACUCGUCUCACGGAGCUGGAUCUCAGUCGCAACCGGCUGACCUCCGUGCGAAAUCUCCACUCCAUGCCCUCUCUGUCGACACUCAAUCUUAGUUUCAAUGAGAUCAACCAAAUCGAUACAUCGGCACCGCUGCGCAGCUUGCGUUCGCUGAAGCUUUCGAAUAACCGAUUUGAUAUGUUGGAUAUAAGAAUGUUUCCAUCAUUGACUCUCCUCUAUAUUGAUCAGAACUUUUUAUCUACUGUUUCUGGUCUUUCGCAAUGCCAGGGGUUGGAGAUCUUUUCUGCACGGGAACAGAUGUCUUCGGAUAACAACAGCGGCAGAUUCUUUGACAUCGACUUAGGUCUUAUGAAAGAUAUCCGCAAAGUGUUCUUGUCGUCGAACGGGCUGUCACCGCAAAUUCUUUCACCAAGCUCACCCCUUCUUAGCCUGCAACUCCUCGACAUUGCGUCAUGCAAUUUCCAUAGCCUCCCAAGUGACUUCGCUUUGAGCUUCCCUAAUGUUAAGGUUUUGAAUCUCAACUUUAACUCUUUGCCAAGUGUCGAGGAGCUUGUGGGUAUGAACUGCCUCUCUCGGUUGACGGUAGCUGGAAACCGCAUCACGAGACUAAGAAGACUCUGCCAAGCUUUGGGUCGGAUAGGAAGGAUUACCAAAGGGGAUGCUUGCUCCCUGCAGAAAAUUGAUUUGCGAGGAAACCCUCUGACAGUCAGGUUCUACCCACCACCCGUCACCGGAAGUGGGAGAAGCGAGAGCAAGAAGCAAUUGAAAGCAAAGGAGGAGGACCGUGACCAGCAAGGCAGAGCAGAACUGGAUCUUCCCGCUGCUCUAGCUGACAUAGGUCGCUGUCAGGAAGUAUCUCAUCCAGCCACGUGGGAUGAAGAGGACGACGAAAUGAACAUUGAGAAGGACAUCGAGGUCAAUGACCCGUACACUCUUCCACUUGCUGAUGCCCAGGCGGACCAGAAAUAUCUGUCUCGUCUGGAUAAAUCAACAAGAUUACGACGAAGGGUGCUUGAACUUAUGCUAUAUGCCGGAACUGGUGGUUCCAUCAGGGUUCUGGAUGGGUUGGAGCUGCGGCCAACUCUUGAGGAAGGCUCGGAUAUGGAUCAUGCUUGGACGAAACUCGAGAAACUCGGCGUGCUGCGGAAAAAAGCGAUUACCGGAUAA